GGGUCAGAGGGCGCCUGGGAGGAGCAUAAAUGGGGAAAUUCUCCGGGGCGGGCGCAACCUGUGGCUAGUAGGGAGAAAUCGAAACUCAGCUGUUAAAACCGCUGCCUCUGCUCUUUGGAACCCCCUCUCGAGACUCGUCCAGCGUCCCAGCCUGCGUCCCUCCCGCAGCGACGGCGGCCCCGGGGACCAGGACCGCGGGCUCUGAACCAUGUACACCCGCAGUAAAGUGGUGGGCUCCAGGCUCGGCGCCACCCCUGCCUCCCAGGACCCCAGUAGGGGGCGCGGGGAGCUGGGUCCCUUGCAAAGCCAGAGACAGGGUGUGGAGGCGGCCCCUGGGGCGCCUUGGCGGGAGAGCCUGGGCCACGCGGGCCAGGGGAGCACAGGUGCAUAUACCAUGAUUGCACCAAAUGAAAGCCGGAGACAUCAGAUACAGAGGAUUGCUGCGCAAGAACUGUCCAACCUGGAGAAGUGGAAGGAGCAGAAUAGAGCUAAACCAGUGUAUGUGGUGCCAACACUGCUGGGGGGAAGCCAGUCGGAGACUGAAGUCAGGCAGAAACAACAACUCCAACUGAAGGAAAGUAAAUACCAGCAAAAGCUAAAAAGACAAGAAUCUGUAAGAAUCAGGAAGGAAGCUGAAGAAGCUGAGCUCCAAAAAAUGAAGGCAAUUCAAAGAGAGAAGAGCAAUAAGCUAGAGGAGAAAAAGCAAGUUCAAGAAAAACUCAGAAGAGAAGCAUUCAGAGAACAUCACCAAUACACAACUGCUGCAUUCUUGAGCAAACUGGACGCAGAGUUACCAAACAGAAGUGCCUGCCAAACUGCUCCUCGUGAUCUGAAGUUCUCUACACAGAAACUUCCUGCCCUGCCUACAAAUUACAGCUGGGCUGGUAACCGAGCUUAUAAAGAUUCUCUAAGAGAGAAGGAAAACCAACGAUUGCAAAAGAUAAAAGAUGAACAAAAGCAUAAGCAGAAGAGUGGGAGGGGACAGAGCCCACCACCAGGCUGCUCUCAAUACAGAUCUCCAGUUGGUCACCCCAGCAUUCCCUCUGAGAGCUCCUUCAGAAGCACUGCCAACUCAGCUCUAGUUGAUCCUACGCAUGUGCUUUCCCAGCUCAAGUCAUCUUUGGGGGUAAAUAAUGCUUUUCUGGACCGACUCCAAGGCAAAAGUCAACCAGGUGGCCUCGGGCAGUCCGGAGGCUAUUGGAAUACGAAUUGCGGCAACAGCUGGGAUAUAUGAGAAAUACUUAUUUCCAUCUGGCUCUCGUCAACUGACCUUGAAAAACCCCCACUACUUCUUCAUGUAGUUUUGCUCAGCCUCACUAUUUUUUACCUUAACUUCAACUGCCGAUGUACUCAACAGAGUGGU